AUGGUCAACUACCAGGGAGAAAAUGUGGUCGUCAAGACCCUCCAGCACGUGGAGGAGCUGAGAAGGGAGAAGGCGCACCUCAGCAUGCAUAGACGAGAGGUUUUGACUCUGGAUGCGUUACGGGGGCAGCCGCACAUUGUGGGAAUGCUCGGCUUUUGUCAAACCACGGUGGUGACAGAGUACCACUCGGACAACUUUCUGAGUACCAUUUUCGGGCUACCACACGGACGAUCUCUUGGCCGAGUGGUUUCCUUGGCGCUCGACGUCGCCCAAGGAUUGCAGGCAUUGCACGAGACCGCUGGCGCAAUCCACCUUGACAUGAAGCCGCAACAGCUGCUCAUUGACGGUACUGGACGUGGAAAGGUCAACGACUUCAACAGUGCCCAUCUCAUGAGCGUAGAUCGUGUUACUGGAGAAUAUUGCCCAGCAAACGCAGCCAAGCCAGCUCGGAUAGUGCCGUGGAGGGCCCCUGAAAACGUUGCGGGAAAGCCCCUGUCAGAAAAGGUCGACAUCUACGCCAUGGGAAUGAUCUACUUCUCACUGAUUUCUGGUGGAGUGCCUUUUCCCGACCAAGAAGCUUUCGAGAGGGCAUAUGAAGCUAAAUUAAGGCCAGAGAUAGAUCCAUCGUGGCACAAGGGCUUCACAAGGAUUUUUCAAGACAUGUGGCACCAGGACCCCGAGCGAAGACCGUCUGCCCGACAAGUCGUCCUGCGCUUGGAAGAUCUACAAAGAGAGCUUUUAGUAGCAAGUUAUCCGUAA